AUGCUUAAAGACCUACCCCGGGACGCGCUGCUGCGUCCCCUCACGCGGAAUGAGGUUGUCGGGAUGCUGAUCAGGUUGACGAUCUUUGGAGCCGCUACUUACUACAGCAUCAAAUGGGUCGUGGAGGCCCUGGACCCGACGCAGAAACAGAAAGUCGAAGCCAAGAAACGGGCAGAGCAGCUGAUGAAGCAGAUUGGCGUGGAAGGCGUUAGUCUGACAGAGUAUGAGAUGAACAUCGCUUCACAUCUGGUGGAUCCUCACUCUAUGAAGGUGACGUGGCGAGAUGUGGCAGGAUUGGACGAGGUGAUAACAGAGCUGCAGGACACCGUCAUACUGCCCUUCCAAAAACGCCACUUGUUCAAAGGCUCCAAACUCUUCCAGCCCCCCAAAGGUGUGUUACUCUAUGGACCUCCAGGCUGUGGGAAAACCCUCAUCGCCAAGGCAACAGCCAGGGCUUCAGGAUGCCAGUUCAUUAACCUCCAGGCCUCCACGCUGACGGACAAGUGGUAUGGCGAAUCACAGAAGCUCACGGCCGCUGUGUUCUCAUUGGCUGUCAAGAUCCAGCCCUGCAUCAUUUUCCUUGAUGAAAUAGACUCGUUCCUACGGAAACGCAGCAGUCUGGACCACGAGGCCACGGCCAUGAUGAAAGCCCAGUUCAUGAGUCUGUGGGACGGACUGGACUCUGGACCGAACAGCCUGGUGAUGGUGAUGGGAGCCACUAACAGGCCACAGGAUGUGGAUCCAGCCAUUCUCCGCAGAAUGCCUGCAACUUUCCACAUAGAUCUACCAAACCAGGCCCAGAGACAUGAAAUCCUCCGGCUGAUUCUGUCUGGAGAAAACCUGAGUAAUGCUGUUAACCUCAGGGAGAUAGCAGAGAGGUCAGAGGGAUUUUCGGGCAGUGACCUGCGGGAGUUGUGUCGUGAUGCGGCCAUGUAUCGUGUGCGGGACUACAUCCGAAAGCAGCAGAUGAGACAAAUCGCACAGCACUUUCAACUGGACGAGGAGGAGGAGAGUCCUGUGGAUGACACACAGCUGCGUCCUGUGACUCAGUUGGAUUUGCUCUUCGGUCUGGAUAAGAUUAAAGAGUCUAAACUGGCCACUGUCUCACCCAGCAACCUGAGAGAGGUCCCCCUGGACUGA